UGUCGGUCGGUAAGGAAGUAUUUUGGGUCCAAAAUGGCGGUCUACGAAUCGCUGCAAUUACAUAUAACUGCAGACAAGUUCCUGAUUGCGCCCCAGAAUGCCGGAGUCAGUGAACUUCUUGUGAUUGACAGGAUAUCACACGAAAUAUCUCUCGAGGCUCCACAAUCUGCAUUACCAGGGACAGACACAUUUAAACAACAGAUCUAUGGGAUCUUUGGUGUGGUACGACUCACAGCAGGGCCCUACCUGAUCGUGAUAACGAAUCGAGAGAAGGUGGGAGACGUUGGCGGCCAGACAAUAUGGCGGGUCACAGACACAGCUUUGUACUCUUACCAAAAGACCAUGCUCCAUCUGACGGAGAAACAGAUUAUGGACAACAGGACCUACCUAUCUAUGAUCGAGCUGGCUCUGAAAACCGAAAGCUAUUACUUCUCUACGACGUAUGACAUCACUCACUCGCUACAACGACUCCAAAACACCAGCCCAGAUUUCCUCAGCAUGCCACUUCAUGAACGUGCAGAUGCACGCUUCCUGUGGAAUGGACAUCUGAUGAAGGAGCUCACCCAGCAGCCAGAACUUGGUCGAUACUGUCUCCCCAUUCUCCUUGGCUUCAUUACUGUGAAAUCCUGUAACAUCAACAACAAGCCGUUCGACUACAUUCUGAUCUCUCGGCGAUGUAUAUACCGGGCCGGAACACGUUUCUAUGUACGGGGGAUAGACACCGAGGGACAGGUGGCUAACUAUGUUGAGACGGAACAGAUUGUGCAAUACGACGGGCAGAAGUGUUCAUUAGUACAGACAAGAGGAUCAAUACCAGUAUUCUGGAAACAACGACCAAAUCUGAAAUACAAACCCAAGAUAGCCAUAGACACAGCUAACCAUCAUGAAGUGUUCAAGCGCCACAUAGAGGACCAAGUGUUUUACUACGGGGAGCAAGUGGCUGUCAAUCUGAUAAAUUCAUCAGGAUCAGAAGGCCAGUUAGAAAGGGCUCUGUCCCAGUCCAUCACCAGGCUUCAGCACCAGAGACUCAGGUAUGAAUAUUUUGACUUCCACCACGAGUGUCGAAAGAUGAGAUGGGAUCGGCUUGCCAUCCUGAUAGAUCGCUUGUCUGAAGACAUCAACCGGUUUGGGUAUUACAUGGUGGGAAAUGAUGGCGUAGCCAGUGCGUACCAGAAAGGAGUGUUUAGGACCAACUGUAUUGACUGUCUGGACAGGACUAACGUUGUACAGGGCAUGAUUGCCAAGGUGGUUCUACAGCAACAAUUAGGGAGACUUGGGAUAAUAGAAAUGGGACAGAAAAUAGAUGAUUUCACAACUUUCAAACGCAUGUACAACAACAUAUGGGCAGACAAUGCUGACUGUAUAUCCAAACAGUAUGCAGGCACUGGUGCCCUCAAAACAGACUUUACCAGACUAGGGAAGAGGACAACGAUGGGACUGUUGAUGGAUGGCUGGAACUCCCUCAUCAGGUACUUCAAGAACAACUUCAGUGAUGGCUUCAGACAGGACUCGAUAGACCUGAUACUAGGUAACUAUGUUGUGGAGGAUAAUGAGGGUGUGGUCCAUCCCACUCCCCUACAGAAGCAGCGGGACUGGAAGUUCUAUGCAAUUCCUGUGAUAUUUGUGAUUGCCUUGGCCAUGUGUACCAUCAGCAUACUCAUGCCUGACGAGGACAUGACGGAACAGUUUGUGUACGUGCUAUUCUGGGGAUCAGCCAGCAUCAUCUCCAUGGCAACAAUGUACAUUUAUGGUGCAGCAUUCAUAGACAACCCAAAACUUGUACACACUCGAUAGAUGUGAAAUCGAACACAAAUAUUUCCUUUCUUCUCCAGAAACACUUUCCUCUCAUGAAAGUUUUGCAGUUUCAGCAAUAGAACCGAUACAGUUUCUUCCGGUGACAUAUCUGGGUAGGAUGUCGGGGUACAUACAUAAAAUUUGUGAAGUGUUCUAUUCAUUGUUAAAAUAAGUUUUAUAAGCUACUAAAAAACUUCAGAUACUUCAAAAGAAAAUUAAGGGAAGCAUGCUCCAGACCGUCUGAUCAAGAGGUUGGACAUAGUACUCACGAGUACGUCUACUACCAAACUACUAAACCAGUUUUCUCUACCAAUUCACAUGUUGUAAGAAGGUAGCACUACAUGGCAACAUACGUUCAGGAAUAAUGUAAUAAUAUCAAUGACAUAUUCAAAUGAUCAUGGAAUGUAGUUUAAUUGUGAAAUACUUGUAUAUAAUGAGCGAGAUUUCCAUCAAUUGUUGUACAAAUGUAGUAUUAUAAUGUUAAGGAUCCCUGUACCACUGCCAAAAACUGUAACUUUGCAAUUGGAAACUGACUUUUCCAGCAUGACUAUAGCAUCAAUUUUUUUAAAUGAAAACCUUACACCGCGAGGCUUGAAACAAAAUCAAUAAAGAUGGGACUACAGAACCCAUAUUUUGAGGCUCCAUUGAUAAACGAUAUAUGUUCAACAACAGUGUUCUGAGCAUAAAAAACUAGUGCAACUAGACUGGGAUUUGAACCCUGGACUCUGGAUUGGUGUUCUAGUGCUCUAAGUCUCCCGACACAACUAUGCUACAAUUACAUCGAACAUGAAAUUAAGGGGAGGUAACUGUUUACAAAAAAACACACGGCAGUGGGACAGGGAUCCUUAAGUAAGCUGUACAUGUUUAUUCAUGGUGCUUGAAAAUUGUAUGUUAUUUAUAAUCAAUGUACAGUGAUUUAUCUUCUAGUUGCUCAUUAACUUAUUAUUUCACCUACCUGAAGAGCAAAUGAUCUUGUUCAGUUGCACAUUGUCCAUCUGUCAUGUUUUUCAUUUAAAAGACCACUAGUCUAGAAUGGCUUAACAAAUUUUGUUAAAAUCUAAGUUUAGAGCAUGCCUGAGACAAGGAAACUCACUGUUGUAUUAUUUAAAGAAGGGCUAGUUUUUAAGACCAAAGGGUGGAGGGAAGGGCCCAAUAGGGAAAUUAGGGUAAAUAUUUGAAGCCUAUUCACUAUGAAUGGUGGAAGGAUUUCAACCUGUAUCGGUAUACUGACUCCCUUGGCCAAUGAAAUAGUCAUGGGGACAGAGGUGUUGGGGCCCAAUAGGGAAAUACGUUAACAUAAUUAAAAGGCUAAGAGGCAGAACUACAUAUGUUGUGCUUUUCCACGUAUGGGUUAUUUUUUAAGAAUGAAAAUACUUCACUUUUUUUUUCUUUUUUUCUUUCUAAUAAUAUUUAGAGGGAACUAAUAAUAUUUAGAUGGAACAAAAAGCAUUUUCAUUUAUACUUUUGACAGUUCUGUAGCUGCGGUAUGAAUGAUAAUAUUUUUUGUAGUAAGGGUUUCUGAUGAACAGAUCAUGAUACCCUUGCCCUAUGACACACAAUUGUAUACCGGUUGAUAUUUGUGUAAUGUAAUAUUAUUGUUAAGUUAUUGAUUUUUGCAAUUGGUUAAUAUGAUACGAUAUGAACCUGAAUAGUAGAUAUUAACCAAACUAAAGCCAUCACAAAUAUCCAUAACUGUUUUAAGUAUCAAGGUAUUUAAUUGAAUAGUUUGGGUGGUAGGUUUUCUGUCAUAUUUUAUAGUAUUUUCCAGAUUGUGGUAAGUCAACAAUCAGGAUUAAGUGUUAUGAUCAAGAACAUGCUGACCAAAACAAUAUGUUUGUUUGUUUACAACCAAGCAUAUAACAAACAUAGUUUCGAGUCAAACAUGCAUGUUCUACAACAGGUUAAGGGGAUUUCCCGAAAGGCUAUAUUUAGAAAUCCAUAUUCACUGAAAAACGGAUGUACUGGAAACAUACUUAUUUUAGCAGACUGAGAUUUUAGUGCAAUAUUGAGUUAUAAAAGAUUAGCACAUUGAUGAAUUGGACCAUCUGUAAAAAACGCAAUAGAAAACAACAUACAGCAACUAGCACAAUCAUAAUACAAAUGUUUAUUGCAAUAACCGAAAUGGGAAAAGCGCCAAAAUAAGGUUACCACAAAAAUAUGUAUGCUUACAGUACUUGAGUUUUUUAGAUGAGGUCGUGUUUAUAGGUACCACCCAAUGGGAUUGUGGGUACACCAUACAGGUGGUGAUUUCUCUGACCACGGUACAUGAUUACUGAAUUUAAUAUUAUAUGCUUUGCUGUUUUUUUCCAUUUUGGUAAAUUUCUUGGAGUAUAAUUUCUCUAAUAAUUUCAUUAUAUUAUUGUUAUAAUGAUAGACAUAUCAUUUCCAUUCCAAUAAUUGUUUAAAAAAAUAAAUUCAUUUGAAUUCUCCACUAUUUAAAAAAAAAAACUAUGAUUAAAAUGAGUCUAUUAUGAAUGUAUGUAACUUAUUUUAGAGUUGGUCCUAUUGUCUAAUUGCCUAUACUGUAUAGUAUUUUUAAUAUGUGGGGUCACUAUUUUGUGUUUUCUUUUCGAAACAUAUUCGCAGGGAAUAAAUUUCACUAUACACCGACUUCCAAUAAUUUGCAGGUCACUUACAUAUCAGUAAAAUUUGAAAUAAACAUUAUUCAAGCUUGCAGUGCAAUGUAUUUUGAGCAUCAUCGUUUGGGAGUAAAUCUCUUGAUUUAAUUAAAAUUCUCUUCAAAUUCAUGUAAAGAUGUUGAGUUAUAUUUUCAUCUGGCAACAAUAUACAGUUCUUUGACAGUGUAACAUCUCCAUAUUGGAAGUAGAAACUGGUGUGCAGAAUAUUUAGCUGGUGUUUAGAAUUCAUGGAUUUUAUUCAAAAGGCGAAUAUAGCGAAAAUAAAAACCCUACGAAAUAUAACUGCAAUACAGUAUUUGUGCAUUAGUCAGAAAUAAAUCAGCUUGAGACUAUGUUUGAUUUUCAUGGUACAAGUAAAAAAAAUUCUACAAAGUAACUUUUAUGACUAUGUAUACAGGAAGAUUUAAACGUUAAGUUGGGCAAUAAAUAGUUACAUCUUCUUUCCUGAAACACUAGGUAUUUAGAGAAUCAUAUGUCACAGUUGGGUAGAGUGAUCCAGUUUUAUAUGGGUUGUUUUGUUGGGGUUUGUUUGGGUAAUAUUUUGAUAAGGACCAGACAAUUCCUAUAAUGGAUAUUUUUCGAGAGAAUAAAAACGCUCUAUUCAUUUGGACCUACAUGUAUGUACAUUUUUUUCCAGUUCAAAUUAUUUAUCAUAACCGUUAUCAGUAUCAUUUCAGUUCAUGUUUUAAUUGUUAAUGGUUCAGGGAAGUCCAGAGGAAGCUGGUGAAUCCAGGGUAGGCUGGUAUACACCGGGUUCCAUCUGAAAGUCAUCACAAUUUCACACCUAACUUUUUAUCCGAGUUAUUUCAUGGAUUAUGUUAACUUAUUGAUUGGUGUCUAGAGUGACGAGGUGUUAUUUGGUAAUGUAACUGCGCCGGAAUGACCUGUCGCGUUGAUAGUUUUAAGGAUCACUGUCCCACUGCACUGUGGUUUUUCGUGUAUAUAUAUAUAUACAGUAACCUAGCUCCCCUUAAUUUCGUUUUUGAUUUAACUAACCCAGUUGGUCUAGGAUACCUCCGUCAACCACGUAACCCAGUCGGUUAGAGUGAUACUGUAAUAAUAUAUAUUUCGGGGUUGGAAUCCCAGUCUAGCUUCUCUAAUUUGCUUCGCUCACAACACUGUUGUGGAUUGUAUUUGGUUUUAUCACUGACCAGAGACGUAUAUAACACAUACGUCUCUGCACUGACUAAGAUAAUCUAAUUCUGUGGUUUUAUCACUGACUAAGAUAAUCUAAUUCUGUGGUUUUAUCACUGACUAAGAUAAUCUAAGUCUGUGGUUUUAUCACUGACUAAGAUAAUCUAAUUCUGUGGUUUUAUCACUGACUAAGAUAAUCUAAUUCUGUGGUUUGACUAAGAUAAUCUAAUUCUGUGGUUUGACUAAGAUCAUCUAAGUCUGUGGUUUUAUUUCGUCUUUAUUAUUUUUCACAACUGUCCCGCAUAGCAUGGUUGUCUUUUCAGAAAUGAUUUAUCAAAGUUUAAUAGUUGCCGGAAAAAUAAGUUUCCAUUAUUCGUUAGAGUUUUCGGCAGUGGUACGGGGGAUCCUUACCAUUUUAAGUUAUAGAACAAAUUCUUACAGUUGAAACAGCCCCGACCAAUAUUAUAUCGUCAUUUUCGAACUCUCUGUAAUAGCACCUGUCAGAUAGAAAUAGUUUACACAGAAAGAUUAAGGUGACAGUUCAUUCUGGCCUAGUUGUGUAUUUUAUGUUCCAGUAUUUUUCGUCAACACACAAAGACUUUUAACACUAACACUGUGAGGAUUAUUUAUGUGUAUAAUUUAUAUCGAUAUUCAAGAUGGCUUAUGUAAAUAAAGAAUUCAAUUUGAA